AUGGAGUCGUAUGCACCAAGCUACAACCCUCGUCAUCAAUCUACCAAGCAGGGAGAAGCCACAACCCAUUAUCAUAAAGCCCACCCAAAAUCCCGGUCUCUCACCAGACUCCCAUCCCUAGAUAUCACAGACCAAGCCUCCCAGCGCUUCAACGGACGCCAACUUCCCCCAUCUGUCGCAGUUUUCCUAGAACACAAAAUGGAAACAAGCGGCAAAGGUUCAAAAGUGCAAAAAGAUUUUGUCUUCAACAUUGGACAAAAUGCCUCGAAAGAAACGCUCAGGCGUAUGGUGAGCUUGCUUGCCCAUGAUUGCAGGGAUAGAGUUUGGGGCAUGAUGGUGGAUUAUGGGACGGGUGCUAAGGUGGAUAAGGAGACUGUGGAUGCAAAUAAGGGAUAUGAUGAUAGUCGCAGGUUUGAUACCAGGCGGGAUGGUGGGACUUCAAGGCAAAAUGAUGGUCGUGGAGAUAUUCCAAGUCCAAGAGGGAAUUCAGGCCGGGCGACGCGACAUCGUGACUCAACGUACGAUGAGCUCGGUGGCGACUUUGGGGAUAUUAGUCUUCAGAAGAGGUAUUACUAUUGA